GGAGGAGUACAUCCACCUUUGAAUCAAUUCCUACGUGAGGAGGAAAUAUUGUAGAAUGACUUGUUGUAUACAUUAUGGAUUCUAAAAAUAAAUGGAAUAACUUCGGAGAAGGUACACGAGAUCACCAGUACACAGGAAUCGUCACCAAAUGCAGCAGCAAAGAAGGGAUUUCCACAUUUGAGAUCUAAAACGACGUUGGGAAUUAAAUCGAUAACUAAACGAAUUUUUUAUCUAAAUAAAAGAUAGCUGUUAUUUUUAAAUAAUUCGCCUUAAAAUUUUUCAGAACUAAUAUAAUGGAUUUUCUAAUUACAACCCUAAAUAAGAACAAUUACAGGAACAAUCUUGCUAUAAUUAUAACUAAUAUUGAUAAUAGUAGUGACGAUGAAGAUGAAAGGCUUCUACUUCAUGAUGAAGACAUCCGAUCUAAUAUAAAUAUAGCAGUCAAUCAAUCAAGAUCAGUAAUCAUAAAUAUAGAUAAUGAUAGUGAUGAAAAUAGAGAUGAUAAUCAACUGCCACCACCACCUCAACCAUCAUCGCCUAUAUCCAUUCAUUCGUUACCACCAUCAUUACCGUCAUCACAAUCAUCAACACUACAAUUAACAUCAUCAUGCCGAAUUUGUUUGAUAAAUCGGGUGGAUACAUUAUCUUUACGUGUCGUCAUCUAUGGGUAUGCUCAGCUUGUAUUAUGA